AUGCGUCCGCCGCAGCGGGCGGGCUUCCUGCCCGCCGUCGGCACGCCCUCUCAAAAAAGUCGCUCGCCGUCCUCAUCAGGUUUGCGCCCUUCACGUGCCGCCGUCCGGCGGUGCGAUUCCCCGUCCACAACGGCAGCACCCAUCAUGCAUCUGCAAGAGCUGAAGACCCAGACCCCGACUCAAUUGAUCGAUUACGCCGAGGAGCUCGAGAUCGAGAACGCGAACUCGAUGCGCCGGCAGGACCUGAUGUUCGCGAUUCUGCGGCAACUUGCCGAGAACGAUCAGGCGAUCUUCGGCUCGGGCGUGCUGGAAACCCUGCAGGACGGAUUCGGCUUUCUGCGCUCGCCGGAGUCCAACUAUCUGCCCGGCCCCGACGACAUCUAUGUGAGCCCGAGCCAGAUCCGCCGCUUCGGCCUCCGGACCGGCGACACGCUGGAGGGCCAGAUCAGGGCGCCCCGCGACGGCGAGCGUUACUUCGCCCUGCUCAAGCUCAACAACAUCAAUUUCGACCCGCCGGAGAACCUCCGCCACAAGGUCAAUUUCGACAAUCUGACGCCGCUCUACCCCGAGCAGCGCUUCAGUAUGGAAGUCGCCGACCCCGCGCGAAAGGACACCACCAGCCGUAUCCUCGACAUCGUGGCCCCGCUCGGCAAGGGGCAGCGGGCGCUGAUCGUGGCCCCGCCGCGCACCGGCAAGACCAUGAUGCUGCAGAACAUCGCGCACUCGAUCGAGGCGAAUCACCCCGAGGCCUAUCUCAUCGUGCUGCUGGUGGACGAGCGGCCCGAGGAGGUCACCGACAUGGACCGCUCGGUGAGGGGCGAGGUGGUGAGCUCGACCUUCGACGAGCCGGCCACACGCCACGUCCAGGUGGCCGAGAUGGUGAUCGAGAAGGCCAAGAGGCUGGUGGAGCACAAGCGGGAUGUGGUGAUCCUGCUGGAUUCGAUCACCCGCUUGGCGCGCGCCUACAACACGGUGGUGCCGUCGUCCGGCAAGGUGCUGACCGGCGGCGUCGAUGCCAACGCGCUGCAGCGGCCCAAGCGCUUUUUCGGCGCGGCCCGCAAUAUCGAGUUCGGCGGCUCGCUCACGAUCAUUGCGACGGCGCUGAUCGACACCGGCUCCCGAAUGGACGAGGUGAUCUUCGAGGAGUUCAAGGGCACCGGAAACUCCGAGAUCAUCCUGGACCGCAAGCUCGCCGACAAGCGGACCUGGCCCAGCAUGGACAUCGCGCGCUCCGGCACCCGCAAGGAGGAGCUGCUGGUCGACCGGGCGACGCUCGCCAAGAUGUGGGUGCUGCGCCGCAUCCUCUCGCCGAUGGGCACGGCGGACGCUAUGGAGUUCCUGGUCGACAAGCUCAAGACGACCAAGACCAACGAGGACUUUUUCGCCUCGAUGAACACCUGA